AAUAUUUAAUUUGGUUUCUUUAGAGAAAAGAAGAAAACACAAAAAGGGUUUAACGUUUUGAGGUCUUUGCAGCUUAUCCCCCCUCUCUUUCUUUCCCUUUUUCACACAGUCUGCGUGUUUUUGUUGCUGCUGCUGUUGUGCACACAUGACGCCCCAGAAUCUAUGAGCAAAAAACUAAGCUCUGGGCUCAGAUAUGACAAACCCCUCAAAACCCUAAAUUUCUUGACCCCCAGUAAAUCUUUAAUUUCAAGAACUUACCAAGAUUGCUUCUUUUUGUGGUUACAGAGUCAGAUAUAAGGCGGGUAAAGCUAUGGCUUCACUGGGGAUUUCUACUCAGUCUGCCCCUUUUAAGCCCCCUUUUCAUCCUUAUAUUUGGUUGUCCUCUUCUCGUUCCUUCUGGCGUGCUUCCCCUAAAAUGGCUUUGCUCAGAUCACAAGUUUGCACAAUUGCGAGCGCCAAAAAGCAUUCUCUUAAUGUGACCACUACUAUUGGUUCUAUUAAUUUGAACAAGAGUUCGAGUUAUACAAAUUUGCCAAUUAAUAACAACUCUAGAUUUGAGGAUCCAAGAAAGAUGUCGUGUGCCUCUGUCCAGGCAUUGCGGGAAGUGGAGGAGCAUAAACCAAUAACCAGUCUUGCUACUUCCGGUACGCCUGAAUUAACAAAGCCCAAUAGUAGUAAAGGAUGGGAUGAGCUGGUGCAAAGAAUGAAACUUCAGAAACUAGAAAGUAGUAAGAAUAAUAUAUCUUACAGAGCGUCAGUAAGCAUGCAAAAUAAGGAUGAGAGAAUACAUAAUGGCAAAUUUCAUUCUUAUGACCUUGAUCAUAUUGCAAUGAGAGGAGCUUCAAAGAAGUCAACUGAAGUAGAACAGAAAAAUGAUGUGCCGUUUAACUUGCAUUCUUCAGUAGCGCAGCCAAGAGUUGAUAGUGAAAGAUAUGAAGCUAAUAAUAAGCGUGAGAGGGGCUAUAUAAAUGGGUUGUCAGGAGAUGCUUCUACCCAACAACACAAUACAGUGUCUAACAAUGAUCAUAGUAGUCAAACACUUGGUAAUGAAGGGGAACAGAAUAUCUCUGUGACAUGUAUACCUAAAGCUCAACCUAAUGGGUUAUCAGUGAAACACUUAAUAGAAAAAAUGGAAAGAAGUCCAGGAAAAGAUGAAAAUUUAGCUAAUGGUGGAAGCAAAAAAGAUCCUGAUACAAGUGAAACCUACGUUGUGGAAAUCAGUGCUGAACGAACAAAUGGACAUCUUCGCGAGAAACUCAAUCGUAUAUAUGACAAGGUUCUUGUUGUUGACAAUGUUGCUGCAGCCAAGGAAAUUGUCGAGAAGCUUACAAAUCAGUACAGGCAUCUCGUCCAUGCAUGUGACACAGAGGUGGCCGGAAUUGAUGUAAAGCAAGAAACUCCUGUUAACCAUGGAGAAAUUAUAUGUUUCAGUGUUUAUUCUGGACCCCAAGCAACUUUUGGGAAUGGAAAGUCAUGUAUCUGGGUAGAUGUUCUUGAUGGCGGUGGCAAGGAUAUGUUAGCCAUAUUUGCUCCAUUUUUUGAAGAUCCAUCCAUUAAAAAGGUCUGGCACAACUAUAGUUUCGAUAACCAUAUUAUAGAAAACUAUGGGCUUAAAGUUUCUGGUUUCCAUGCUGACACUAUGCAUAUGGCUCGACUAUGGGAUUCUUCAAGAAGAAUAAUUGGAGGUUAUUCUUUAGAAGUACUUACAAGUGAUCGUAAGGUUAUGUCUGCUGCUGGAGUCUGCCCUAGCGAAGGGCUCAUUGGUAAAAUCUCAAUGAAAACCAUCUUUGGCAGGAGAAAGCUUAAGAAAGAUGGAUCUGAAGGAAAAGUUAUUGUCAUUCCUCCUGUUGAAGAGCUUCAGAGAGUGGAGCGUAAACCAUGGGUUUCUUAUUCUGCUUUGGAUUCUAUUAGCACACUCCAGCUCUACGAGAGCUUGAAAAAUAAGUUGUCCUGUAUGGAAUGGCAAGUCAAUGGAGUUAAAGAAGGGUCAAUGUUCACUUUUUAUGAGAAGUACUGGCGUCCAUUUGGUGAACUCCUGGUUAAUUUGGAAACUCAAGGGAUGCUAGUUGAUCGAACUUAUCUUGCUGAAAUUGAGAAAGUGGCUAUAGCAGAGCAACAAAUUGCUGCGGAUAGAUUUAGGAAUUGGGCAUCCAAGCACUGUCCUGAUGCCAGAUACAUGAAUGUUGGAAGUGAUACACAGCUUCGCCAGCUAUUUUUUGGCGGCACGGCCAACAGAAAAACUGGUGAUAUACUUCAAGAGGAGAAAGAAUUUAAAAUUCCUAAUGUUGAUAACAUUAUUGAAGAAGGAAAGAAGAAAGCCACAAAGUUCCGCAAAAUUACUCUGCACAAAAUUGGAGAAGAAAUGCGAAGUGAACAGUACACGGCAAGUGGUUGGCCCUCUAUGAGUGGAGUGGCUUUGAAAGCCCUCUCUGGUAAGGUAUCAGCAGAAUAUGAAUUUGCAGAUGAAUCCCUUGACUCUGAGCCUGAUGGAAGUAUUGAAAUACCUGAAAUGGAGGAAAAUGAAGGAGCUAUCACUGAUACCUCAGCAUAUGGCACUGCUUAUUCUGCAUUUGGAGGGGGGUCAAAGGGCAUGGAGGCCUGCCAUGCCAUCGCUUCUUUAUGUGAAGUUUGCUCUAUCGACUCAUUAAUAUCUAACUUCAUCCUUCCUUUGCAGGGGGAUCAUAUAUCUGGAAAAAAUGGCCGCAUUCAUUGUUCACUAAACAUCAAUACUGAAACUGGAAGGUUAUCAGCUAGAAGGCCAAAUCUGCAGAAUCAACCUGCUUUAGAGAAGGAUCGGUACAAGAUCCGCCAAGCAUUUAUAGCUGCACCAGGAAACUCCCUUAUAGUUGCUGAUUAUGGGCAGUUGGAACUUAGGAUACUAGCACAUCUUGCCAACUGUAAGAGCAUGCUGGAUGCCUUCAAAUCUGGUGGAGAUUUUCAUUCGAGGACUGCAAUGAACAUGUAUCCAUACAUCCGUGAUGCCGUGGAGCACAAAGAUGUACUUCUUGAAUGGUAUCCUCAGCCUGGUGAAGAUAAACCUCCAGUUCCUUUAUUAAAGGAUGCUUUUGCUUCGGAAAGAAGGAAAGCGAAGAUGCUUAAUUUCUCAAUUGCUUAUGGGAAAACCACUGUGGGGCUAGCUCGCGAUUGGAAGGUUUCUUUGAAGGAAGCAGAAGAAACAGUUAAGCGCUGGUAUAGUGAUAGAAAAGAAGUGCUGAACUGGCAGGAACUAAGAAAAAAAGAGGCUCGCGAGAAGGGACAUGUCCACACAUUGCUGGGACGUGCUCGCAAGUUCCCGUCAGCUUCUACUUACGCCCAAAGAGGUCACAUUGAGCGUGCUGCAAUUAAUACCCCAGUACAGGGUAGUGCUGCUGAUGUUGCUAUGUGUGCCAUGCUAGAAAUAGUAAAGAAUGCUCGUCUAAAGGAACUUGGGUGGAAAUUGCUUUUACAGGUUCAUGAUGAAGUAAUCCUCGAAGGGCCGACGGAGUCUGCUGAAGUCGCCAAGGCUAUAGUUGUUGAUUGCAUGUCCAAGCCAUUUAACGGCCAGAAUAUUCUUAAAGUUGGCCUUUCAGUUGAUGCCAAAUUUGCUCAAAACUGGUAUGCUGCCAAGUAGAUAGCGGACUGUAGUGCUGUGACAUUUGCUACAUCAAAACCCCCACUGCUCCAUCCCCCUGUGUGCAACAAGGCGUGUUUCAUUCUCAAAGAUGGAGUUCCUUGCCACGUUCUAGGAGCUUAUCAGACAUGUUUCAUGAAAGAAUUAAUCCGGUGUAUGUUGCUGAUAUAAUUUGCUGCUUUACUUUGAAGAUGCAAUUUGCGUUGUGCAUAGAAAUCCCUUUUUAAAUGUAAAUAUAUGUAAUUGAUCUAGUGUCAUCCACUUCUUUACAGAAUGCCAAUUUUGCAGUUAUAUUUAUGCUUCUGUAAGGUAGGGUUAAGACUUGUAACACUAAUCUUUAUAAACAGUUCUGCCGUUGUGUUAAAAUUCGGCAGCUCAUCUAGAUUCUGUAAAAGGUUUUUGCAUCUGCAUUGCUGUUUCAAGGUUUUAUUAUUUCAGCCAUUCUGUUGGCCUGCA